GAUUCCGUUGGUUAUUGCUCUACCCAAUGCCGACGGGAGCAUAGGCACAGGGCAGUCUGAUGGUCUCACGUCGAUUUGAACUGAACGCGUCAUGAACGACAUCCAAAACUUUGCAGAGACUAAGGACCAUAGCCAGGGGUUUGCGGAAGCCUCUUGGUUGCUGGCCAGUGAUGUCGAUUCCGAGAGCUUCAUCUUUCGCAGAUUCAAUAGGUUAAGCGCCCGCAAUAUCCUGUACCUCCAGUGCGAACUUCUGGCUCUCGAGGAAAGGCUGGAAAAAUUUGAUCGGGUCGUCGAUAGAAACAUCGACACAUCGCUGCAAGAAUUCGCAAGAAAAUGGGAAAGGCUCCUUGCUCAAAGCAAUGAGGGUGAGCCGAGAGCUGUAAAUAUGAUAGCGGCGGUGCGAGAGCUACGGGUAAAGCUCAGGGAAUACCAUGAGACGCUCAAGCUUCAAAGUGAGAGAGUGGCCAUGCAUCCCCCUGAGAGAAGAGCACUAGAAGCCACGAGGAACUGGCUCGAGCAGCCAUUGCCGGUGCUCGGUGGAAGGUCAAGACACUUCUUGGAAGACGAGACCGACUUAGUUUCCUUGAAAGUGCCAGCAGAGGCUGACUUUCUCUCGAAAAGGCUCCGUGCCUGUUGGCCGGGACAGGUAAUGGGUUCUCCAGCAUCUCAUCGAGUUUUGUUCUAACACUGUCAAGGACGAACUAUCCCGUGACGGGCUUCAUCGGAUCCGUCGAUAUAAUGAAAAGUCAAUCACAGUGGCAGUCAGUCUGAUCAGUAUUGCACUCGCGGCAACUCU